AGCGCUUCUCGACGCCAGCCCAAGCCCUCCUGGCCACCAACGUGAUGAUCACGGACCACCGUUUCCUUUGCUUGGCCGUGGCCCAUCUCGCCCUCCGUGCCUCGGCCCAUCCUCGCGCUUGUCUCGGCCGCGGGUCCUGUCCGUCGAAAUCUGGCUUGAGUCGCCUUCUGGCCUUUGAGGCAUAUCAGCCGAGCCCACUUGUUGCCUCGCCUCAUAUAAGUUCGAGGUCGUAGCGUAAAGCAGCAUGGUACUUCUCUUCACAGCUAGCACUUGUUUGCACUUCGAGAGCGACGUCACCUUCUUCCCUUCGCUCAACGAUUGACAUCCCUCAUCCUUCUGCUCCUCACUUGGAGUUCUCAUCACUCGCACCCGCGCUCUCCCCGCACCUCACGCUCCACGCCCACCAUGACCAAUGACAACGCCUCUGGCUCAGGGCCCGGCGCUGCCCCGCCCAAGGAUACCUUUGGUCAGGCCUCUAACUCAACCCCUGCCUCCCAACAGAAGCCCUCAGCGCGCCAGCGUCUAGCCGGCCUUGCGAGUCACCUUUUGCCGCAAGGCAAUACCGAGUUCGACUACAUUAUCGUAGGAGGCGGUACAGCAGGCGCCGUACUCGCUGACCGUCUCACGGAGAACGCCAACGUCAGCGUAGCGGUCAUCGAGGGUGGCCCAAGCGAUGUAGGCCAGGACCGUGUCUUGGACCUCAAGCGCUGGCUGGAGCUCAUGGGCUCUGAUCUCGACUACGACUACCCGACCGUCGAGCAGCCAAUGGGCAACUCGCACAUCCGUCACAGCCGUGCCAAGGUGCUGGGUGGCUGCUCCUCGCACAACACUCUCAUCUCCUUCCGCCCCUUCAACGAGGAUCUCGACCACUGGGCAAACCACUACGGCUGCCCCGAGUGGAGCGCAGCGCGUAUCCAGCCCUACGGCGACCGACUCAAGGUCAAUGCAGUCCCCGUUCAGCCGCAGCACCGCAACCAGGUUGCAAAGGAUUGGGUCAAAGCCUCUUCGCUCGCCACUGGCGCACCUAUCAUCGACGACUUCAACGCGCAGAUUGCACACCGCAACGGGUUUGACAAGGCCGUGGGCUUCUUCAAUAUCUCCUACGACCCGCACUCCGGGUACCGCUCCAGUGCUUCUGUAGCUUACAUGCACCCGAUCAUGCCUCACGGCCCGUACAGGCGUAACAACCUGCACCUGUUCCUCGAGACAUGGGCUCGCCACUUGGUAUACGACGAGCAGUCUCCUCUCACGGUCAAGGGUGUAGCCGUCCGAACCAAGGCUGGCCUCCUCAAGACUCUCACCGCUCGCAAGGAGGUGAUCCUCUGUGCCGGCGCAAUCGACACUCCUCGCCUUCUUCUUCACUCAGAAGUUGGUCCGCGCUCAGACCUGGAGGCAUUGGGCAUGCCCUGCCGCCACGACCUGCCUGGCGUAGGCUCCAACCUGCGAGACCACCCGGAAUCCAUCAUCAUGUGGGAGACGCGCGACACCCCGACCGUCGAGACGACAAUGCAGUCCGACGCUGGCCUCUUCCUUCGCGUCCUGCCGCCCAACGCCGAGCCUCACCCUCAUGCCGGGCCGGACCUCAUGUUCCACAUCUACCAGUGCGUCUUUGACACCAACCUUGAGCGCCAGGGCUUCCGCAGGCCGAACCACGCAAUCUGCAUGACGCCCAACAUUCCUCGCUCGCAGUCGAGUGGCAAGCUCUCCCUCGCCUCGUCGAAUCCGGAGGACAAGCCUCUGUUGGACUUCAAGUACUUCGAGGACCCGAAUGGCUACGACGCACGUAUCCUCGUCGAAGGCAUGAAGUGGGCACGCAAGGUUGCGCAACAGUCCCCCUUUAAGGAGCACCUGCUCGAGGAGAUCGCCCCCGGCCCGUCGGUGCAGAGUGACGAGGAGCUCUCCGCAUACGCCCGCAAGGUCGCGCACACGGUGUACCACCCGAUGGGCACGACGAAGAUGGGUGACCCGAGUCAGGACAGGAUGGCCGUCGUGGACCAGAAGGACAUGAGGAUCGUCGGGAUGAAGGGCGUGAGGGUGUGCGAUGCAGGCGUCUUCCCGUCUGUGCCUACGGUCAACCCUAUGCUUACCGUGCUCAUGUGCGCGGAGAGGUGUGCGGACUUGAUCAAGGGCGUCAAUGUCUGAGCGAGAAGAGCCAUGAUACUCACAUCUCGAAAUGCAUUGUGCUCCGUCUUUGUUCAUUAAUACAAUUUUAAUCAUAUUCGCAGCAUCACUCCG